AUGCAGAGCGGUGACGCGGACCCGUUCACGCUCAAUGAGAGUGACGUGGAAGACCUUCGGUCGGUGGUCAACGGAGUCAACAACCACUACGUGUCCAAGGACACUGCCAUUGACUCGCCAGACCAGACGAACCUUCCCAGCAGCGUCGACAUCGUCGCGGAGCUGACGGCCAUUUUGCAGCGCGUCGAGCGGGGCGAAUACGAACGGCUGGUGGACGCCCACGUGGACACGUUCAACGCGAUCAACAGUCUGAUUGCGGCAAGCAGCAGCAGCAGCGGCGGCAACGGCGGCGGCGACAGAGAGAGGGAGUUGCGUGAGGCACUUCCUGUGUUCCAGGGUGAUGUGUUGAGGAGACGACUCCAGUACAGGCAACACCAGCAGCCCUACAGGCGCCAGCAGCAGCCACAGCGGCAGUUGCAGGAGCAACAAGUGGAGGGGCAAGGGGCGGAGGGGCAAGAGGCAGAGGGGCAAGAGGAGCAAGGGCAAGAGGAGCAGGGGCAAGAGGAGCAGGGGCAAGUGGAGCAGGGGCAAGAGGCGCAGGGGCAAGAGGCGCAGGGGCAAGAGGAGCAGGGCAAGAAGCGCAGGUGCAAGAGGAGCAGGGGCAAGAGGAGCAGGGGCAAGAGGAGCAGGGGGGAGCAGGGGCAAGAGGCGCAGGGUCAAGAGGCGCAGGGUCAAGAGGCGGAUGGGGAAGAGGCGGGUGGGGAAGAGGCGGGUGGGGAAGAGGCGGGUGGGGAAGAGGCGGGUGGGGAAGAGGCAGGUGGGGAAGAGGCGGGUGGGGAAGAGGCGGGUGGGGAAGAGGUGGGUGGGGAAGCGGGUGGGGAAGAGGUGGGUGGGGAAGAGGUGGGUGGGGAAACUGGUGGGGAAGAGGCGGGUGGGGAAGAGGUGGGUGGGGAAGCGGGUGGGGAAGAGGCGGGUGGGGAAGAGGCGGGUGGGGAAGAGGCGGGUGGGGAAGAGGUGGGUGGGGAAGCGGGUGGGGAAGAGGCGGGUGGGGAAGAGGUGGGUGGGGAAGCGGGUGGGGAAGCGGGUGGGGAAGAGGUGGGUGGGGAAGAGGCGGGUGGGGAAGAGGUGGGUGGGGAAGAGGUGGGUGGGGAAGAGUCGGGUGGGAAAGAGGUGGGUGGGGAAGAGGCGGGUGUGGAAGAGGGGGUUGGGGAAGACUCGGGUGGGGAAGAGACGGAUGGGCAAGGGGCGCUGGUGGUAAUCAUCUUCUAA